AUGUCAACCCAAGACAAGGGCAGUCAACCUGAGAUUUCUUGUAUCCCACUGGUUUCCAAUGCUGAUUCAUGUACUCCAUUGAUAUUGGACAACCCAAUAUUUGUCUCCAAUGAGUCAACGAUGAAUCCAGGAAACAUGAUGACUAAUCCAAUUACACAAAGUACUCCUUUGGGUAAUAUACAAGAAGGACAAGAAGCUGUGGUUAUUGACGAUAACAAUGAAGAAGGAGAAAAUGAUAAAUUAGAUGAAGAUGAUGAAUUCCAUAUUCCAAAACGGAAUAAAACUUCUGAAGCUUGGGAGGACUUCAACGAAUUUGAAAAAAAUGGCAAUUACUAUGCCAUUUGCCGUUACUGCAAUAAAAAGCUAUCGAGGGGUAAAUCAAAGCAAACAACUAGCUUGUGGCGGCACCGAAACUCAUGUCCAUCUAGAAAAGCAAGUUUAAGACAAGCUGCACAACAAACGAAACUGAACUUUCAGCCGGCUGAUGAUGCAUUUCCUUCUAUACCACCGUUGCAUAUCGGAAAAUUUGACAUGGAGAAAAUGAGAGAAGCCGCUGCACAUUGGAUUGUGAUGCACGAACAUCCCUUCACCAUUCUUGAAGAAGAAGGUUUGAAUAUUUUCCUAAAGCGUGGCAUGCCCGAGUGGCAAAAGAUCAUUAGAGGAGUAGCAAAAAAUGAUUGUGUGGCAGUCUAUGAACUUGAGAAAAAGAAGCUGAAGAAAAAGUUGAGAAAUGUGAAAAAGGUAAGCCUCACAACCGAUCUUUGGAAAUCUAAAAAUCAAAAGAUCGAAUAUAUGGUUAUUACUGGCCAUUGGAUUGACUCAGAUUGGAAGCUACAAAAGAGAGUGCUCAACUUUGUUCACAUACCACCUCCUAGACAAGGGGUUGAGAUUGCUGCUUCACUCUUCAAGUGUGUGAAGGAUUGGGUCGGCCUUUCUGAGAUUGCGGACAUUGUAAACAAAAUUAGGGACAACGUCGAUUUUGUCAAUCUCUCAGAGACCAGAUUAUUGUUGUUCGCUGAGAUUGCACAACAACUUCAAAUACCCGGGAAAAAGUUGCUUUAUGAUUGUCGAAUAAGAUGGAAUGCCACCUUCGAAAUGCUAAGCUGUGCUAUGAAGUUCAAAGAUGUUUUUCCUCGUUUUCAAGAUAGAGAUCCACUCUAUGAUUCCUGUCCAGCUUAUGAGGAUUGGGAAAAAGCAGAAAAAGUGUGCUCUGUGUUAGAGAAAUUUUGGGCAGCCACGCAUGUGAUAUCCAGGAGUGAAUAUCCUACGAGCAAUUUAUUCCUUCAAGAGGUUGUGAAAAUUAAGAAAGUCUUAGAUUCUCGAGAAAAUGAUGAAAAUGACUUCAUCCGAGCUAUGAUUAGAAAGAUGAAGGCCAAGUUCGACAAAUAUUGGGGCGAAUGCAAUUUGUUAAUGGCUAUUGCUGCCAUUUUAGAUCCAAGGCAGAAAAUGAGAGUUGUUGAAUUUGCCUUCCCUCAAAUGUUUCCAUCUUUUGAGGCACAAGAACAUAUUUUCAGCGUGAAGAAAGCUUUAUUUGAGCUUUAUGAUGAGUAUGCAAAUUUGAAUGCAACUGGAAAUGAAAAUGCAGUCCACUCAUGUGCUUCAGAAGGGCCACAAAAAAAAUGCAACAUCUUCUUCUAG